CACAAUUCAUUUCUCUUUCAUUUUUUGUUGACGAGAGACGAUGUCCUUCCUUUCCAGAACAUCUGUUCUCUUGUCAGUGGCCUCUUUGGCCCUGGUGGUUGUCUUCUGUGUCGUGCUGGUACAAUGGUCUGGUGGAGUCACCAAGAAGAGCUCUGCUAGUCACAAUUUGAAAGGGUUUGCUUUUGCUUCGGACGACACUUACGGUCUCUCCAGAUAUGCCAGUUCGAAGAAAGCCAUGUCGGUGUGUCUUGUCUCGAUGCUUGAAAUCGAGACGAAAGAGUCCGACGACACUGAUGUCGAUGAGAACGACGAAGACCACGAGGAAAUGAUGCUGUGCAAUCGAGUCUCUGCCAACUACGAGUCAGGAGUUUCGGAUGAAUCGUUCUUCUACAUCAAGAAUUUGAAGCGAAGAACCAUUCAAGCCAACCAACAAGCCAUGCUCAACAAUGAAUGGUUCAUUGAGUACUCACAAGAUUGGAUCAAACACAGGCAACAUCAGCGUGUCAGUACCAUCCAUAUCCCAGCACAUCAAGAGGUCAACACCAUUGAACCUGCCCAAGUUCCUCAUCAUCACUCGAUUCAACCACACCACCGAAGAGAUCUCUCCGAAAAGCUGGAGGAGCGACGACAACGGAGAAUGCAAGUCACUCUGGGUCCUCGCACGGUGGUGGUCGUGGCAGUGAGCUACUUCCUAGAUAUGGAUGUUCUCUACGAUCAUGUAUUUGGAGCGAACGACUCUCUCGUCACACAAAUGGAUGCCUGUUCCCAAGGACAAGUCACCAUUCAUCCUCAUCCAGACCACCCCAUUGUGGAAGUCUUUCCCCCUCAGGAUGUAUCCGAAUAUACAUUUGUAGAGUUGUACUCGGCUAUUCUAGACAGUGUCAAGUUGCAGUUGGGUCUACGAAACAACCAGGAAAUUACUUCCACAACAGAUCAUCUACUCUUGAUUGUUCCAGAUGCCAUUGAUCGAAGACCAGGAGAACUGGGCUGGGGAGCCACGCCCGGAUACUUUUCUGGUAUUAUCCACUCCUUGGCUCCCUCCACCAUGACAAUGCUUCAUGAGAUUGGCCACAACAACGGUCUGGGUCAUGCCUACGAGAACAACGUGGCAUACAGUGACAUGACGACGGUGAUGGGAUACUCGCAUCGAAACGUUGUCAAGAUGUGUUACAAUGGACAAAACAUGUGGGACAUGGGAUGGUUUCAGGACAGAAGGACUUGGGUCAAUCUCUCCAACAACCGUAAUGAUAAACGAAUCUACGAUUUGGCCUUUUACGGAGACUAUGCCAGGACGGUGGGUCGAGAUCAACCCGUCAUUCUGAGAUACAGUAGUCUCUUUUUGACCUACAACCGACAGGAGGCGAUGAAUAUCGAAACCAAAGAGUAUGCCAACAUGCUUUUGGUCGUGCAAGAGCUUCCCGGACAAUAUCACUCGCACACCAACCUGGAAGCGGCGCUGGAUGUAGACUCGCCGCCCUAUGAGUUUUCAUUUUCAAAUGGCAUUGGCAGUAAUAAUGGCGAUGGUAACGACAAGGUCUACAUUUCUGUAUGCUCCCACAUUGCAGGAACCACGACCACCCCUGACAUGCUCACCGUGGCUAUUGGAAGGAAUAAGAACAACCUGUGCGACGUUUCCACGAGCCGACAGCAAAGCAAUCGGGGAGUGGAAGCUGCAGCGGAGCCAGAACAACUAAAGCCACCAACCGAGUCCCUCCAAUGCGAAACCAUGUGGCCAUGGGUUGAGAUUCCAGAUGACAACAGUGCCAUUGGCAAGAACUUGGUACUCUGUGAGUUUGUCGCCAAAGAUCCGGAGAGCUACUGCGAAAAGCUAGACAGCAGGGCAGGGGAUCAGGUUUGGAAAACGUGUCGCCUCGACUGUCCGCAGCAGUCCGGCUGUGUUGCAGGGAAACCACCUGUUGACGACAGCUCGACUCCGGCAACACAGAACGACCCUGCCUCUUGUGAAGACGUGUUUUCCUGGGUCGAGGUGGAUAUGGGUGAUCGCAAUUACGUGUCGAAGACAUGUGACGACCUUGGGGUUGGCUUUAUCGAAGACCGGGACUUCUUUUGCAAUAAGGAGGAUACACUGACACAUCUUCCUGUGUACGACAUUUGCCGAAUACAUUGCCCUAACAGCGACUGCAACAAAAUCUAGCUAGUUGUGUUUGUAACACUUCCAAACGAGCUAUGGUAGGGGGUCGGCGCUACCUGUAGUCGAGCUCGUCUUCAGCUUCCUAAAUCAGCAACAUAGAUGAAACUAUGCCGGACGCAACGUGCUAGUUAUUGAACCUGGGUGCAAAGUGAGAAGCCCAGUACUAGCCUCGUCUCCUAUAUUAAUAACUCUCAUAAAAGACAUGAUAUUACAGUACUUGCAACUACCGAAUGAAUCCCCUUCAGUUCACUACUUUUGACAUCAGUGGGUUCAGCACCGUCGUUGAGGUUCCAAUCCGUACCGGUACCGUAUCCGACCACAUGAGAGCACUUGCCAUUUCACUUCACCGCCCUACCGGUACAUGUACAUGUGGUGAUGGUUUGCAGCUCUGGCUGGAAUGAAUCGAAUCGAAUCUUUUCUUCUUUUUGCAUGUCUCGAUCCUUGGCAGCCUAUACUGGUAGAAGUCUACCGGUAGCACAUCCAACCCUCUGCAUUUUCCCGUUCUGCCAGUAUUACUUACCACCGCGGAGACGAGGUGAAUUCGCACCGCUUGCCAGUAGAAGGAUGCGGGAAAGCCAAUCGAAGUGCAUGAAGCAUCAAUCUCACCUGGCGGUCAUCAUCCCCUUCAAUGUUGGCGGAUGCUCGGUCAUCUCCGUACAGGGAAUCUCCAAUGAUACCAGUUCCGACGUGAGCGCAGUGUAUUCUCAGCUGAUGAGUUCUACCCGUGACAGGCGUGAGCGACAAGAGAAUUGGUUCGCUCUCACUACUUGUCGCGGGUUUGUCCUUCCCGCUCAUCGCCUGUUUCUCUUGAUGGGUGAUUACCUUCCAUAUGGUAGUGCUGGGUUUGCCACCACCUCCAUGUUUGGCCACUUUCCAUUUGAGGCGCUCCUUGCUGGGUUCCAGUGGCACCUCUAAUUUGCCAUGCAUCAACGAUUGCUCGUGAUAAGGUGGCCAAUAUCUCACUUUUGCCAGAUACUCCUUGGAGACUUGCUCCUCUCUUUCUCUCCAUGCUUGAGAGAGCGAUGAGGCUGCAGAUCGGUUCCUAGCAAACACCAUGACCCCUGAUGUUUCACAGUCCAAUCUGUGCACUACAAAUAGUUUAUUGCUUUCUCUUGUCUUGUUUUCGGUACCAUCGUAUCCCAUGAUUACUAGCUGACCGAAGGCGGACUCUUCAUUGUUCGUUGGCUCUGGCAGAUUGAUUUGUAUAGUUUGACGCCUCUUGAGCUCUUUGUACAUUUCCGAGGCAAGCUCCUCUAGGUGGGAAGAAUCUGAUGCGACACGUAAUUGCAGAAAGCGCUUUUGAUUGCGGUUGAUAUACCUGAGAAAGACCUUGCAUUUUCUGGGAAUGGAUGCCCUGAUGGUGCUGUCCGAGACGGCAAUCUGCUUCAAACUAAAGAUUGCAUCGUCACUUAGGAUAUUUCCUCCAUCAGGGGCAGUUUGGUUUGUAUUGGAUAUUGUCGAACAACUUUCAAUGGCUGCUUGCCACGCUUCUUGCGCUGUCAGUCGAGAUUUUUCUUCCCGCUGGGUACUACUCUUCUCUUGUCCUUUCACAAUCUUGCUGUCAUCAUCUUUGUUGAAACCAGACAGCGUUCGUUUUUGUCCCCGUUCCUUCACGUCUGUCGACGUUGCUGCAUUCCCCGGGACAGAUCGGAGAUUGCAAGGCUUGUCAAUCACGACAAAAUCUUCGUCGUCGUAGAGGACACGGAUUCGGAGAUCGGCAUCAAUGUGACUCAGCCGGGCUGCUCUGUUUGGAGUAGUUGCGGUUGCUUGGUCUUCUCCUGUUGCUACUGCUGAUGCUGGAAGCUUCUGGGACAUGCCUUUAGAGAAUCGAAGUCGCCCGUCCUGCCACGAGACCCUCCAUUAUCAUUGAAAAGCAAUCUGGUCACUUCGCCAUUUGCUGGUGGUGGUGGUACUGUGAUUACUGUGAUGGUGAUGAGAAAAGGUUUUCUGAAGGGCUUCUGGAACGUUCGGGAAUGAUCAUCAAACCAAAACAGCAAAAAUAAAGAUAACCCGAGGCCAUGACGGUGCCGUGACUAGCUGGUUAGGCACCAGGUAUAAUAUCAUAGUUGGAUUUGUUGCACAGAUAGAUUGGAUCAUUCAUGCUACAUGUACAUGCCACGGCACUAUACCCGGUACAAUAUCAGGGCCAAUGCAUGGUUAUUAUACAGACUACUGUAUCUACCGGUACACCCGUACAGGUAUUUUGAGUGUUGGCUACAUGAAGAUUUCAUCGUGUUGCUAAUAUACCGGUAGUAGCACGACCAUAGACGCCAAAAAACCUGAUCCAUUAUUGCAGUAGUUGUCUUCCUUGAAACUCCUCCUAACUAUUGCAUUUGCGGUCCCUGUUGGGGUGGGCGCUGCUGCAUCUGUUGUUGCAUCAGUAAAAUUUCCGCUGCACAGUUUCUCUUGGCAGCUGGAUUCGAGUCUUCCACAUGCCCACACGCCUGAGAUGCCAAUUGAUCCAGGACAGACGUAGAAUACUCUGCUGUUUCAGCGGCACACUGCUCAAACGUUCGUCGCAAAGGCUUACACAUUCCCAUUCCACUCAGGACCACACAGGACAGAUACUCAUCACCCACGCGACGACAAGGGCCCCAAAUGGAAAGCAGGGAAGUCGCGCGGUAGAGCUCGGGUGUGGCCGCUGCGUCGGGUUGUGGUGGCGAUGCACUCGUCAUUGUGCAAGUUAUUAGCUGAUGAAACCAGAAUCGAGGCGCUACUAGCUAGUAUUGCAAAGAUCCAAGACGGUAUUCUGACCCCAGCUGGUAAACAAUAAGAAUAAGAUAUA